AUGGAGGAACGCCGCCGUAUGUCCCUAGGGCACCUCAAAACCCUCCUCACGCGCCAGCAAGGCUCGAGCCAAUCCCCUGAACCACCUCCAUGCCCGCCGAAACACUCUCUCGACACUCUACCUACCGAGAUUUUAAUCCAGAUCUUCACCAACCUUGAGCUCAUCGACGCUUCCUGCCUGUCUCUCUCCUCACCCCGCCUCUACAUCAUCAACUCCUCCCUCAACCCCGGCCCCAUCCCCCUCACAACCCCCUGCCCAAUCUCCACCCUCCGCCACGCCGCCCUCGGCUCCCCCGCCUUCGAACACGCCAUCAUCCGCUGGCGCACCUCAAUCCUCCAACACAAGCGAUUCCCCGGCCCACCCCCUUUGUGUCCACACUCCUGCUCCCAGGAAUGCGCGCUGCACUUCCAUAUCAGGGAUUGGAUGCCCGCGGAGACGCUGUUCUGUGGGAGUUGCGAGAAAUUCGCGAAUUGGGUGCAGGUGGAUGGGUUUAGGUGUCCUUGUAAGGGGGUGAGGAGGCCGGGGGUGGGUGGAGAGAGAGGGAGGGGUGGUGGGAGUGGGGGGGUGUUGGGGAGGUGGAGGAGGAGGGGGAGGGUGGGAGAUGUGGAGGGGAGGAGGAGUGAGGAGGGGGUGGGGAGGAGGAGUGGGGUGGGUGAUGUGCAGACGGUGCAAGCGGUGCAGAUUGGAGUUAUGUGAGGGUGAAUAGGGAAAGACGCCGCGAUUUUGUCUACGGGGUGGUAUCCGAGCUGCUAUGAGGGUGGGAGAGCUGGAAUUGGGACAUUGUCGCUUAGGUUGGCAGAGUGGCUCCUGUUGAACCACAUGUUGGUACAGAGUCGAUUUACGAAAGGUUUAUUGGAGUUUGAGGUUGUGGCCUACUGGAGGUUUGGGAGGGUGGAGUUCUUUGAUGGUUUCUUGGAGGUUUGAUCUGCGGGGGAUCUGAUUCUCACUGUACUAUUCAGUCUGCACCGUUUAAUUCAAAACAAUCAUCACGGCUUCUAGUUUAUGUCAUUUUGCACCCCUAAUAAUAAUAGUAUCUUCUGUCAUAAGACAACCAACUCCUCCCCCCAGGAGAGCAGAAAAACGGGACGAGUGCUAAAAUCAAUAUAUUACAAACAGUAGCUAUAAACCAAAGAAAUGAUAAG